AUGUCGAUUGACCAGAUCCGCCAAGGACCUUCCUUAGAGAGAUGCCAGGCACUCUGUUUGUUGAGUAUAGCGCAGCAUUAUCAUGGCUUUGAGAAGGAAAGUUAUAUCAACCUUGGGAUUGCCAUUCGCAUGGCAUCUUGGCUACAACUACAUAAAGUGGAGAUGUUCCAAGUGGAUACCCCCUCUCCCCAGGCAAUACGAAAAGCGGAAGCAGCCAGGAGAACAUUGUGGACGUUGUUCUGUCAAGAUAUUCUAAUUACCAGAGGCACAUCUAUUUUGUUUCUCUCGCUUUGUGAUAUCACGACCCUUCUCCCUUGCAGCGAACAUGACUUCAACCACGGUCAAGAUCCUUCGACCAGGGCUACACUUAUCAACAGAUUUCCCGCCAAUCAACGACCAGGUCCAAGUCUAGAUCAAGGACAGUCGUUAUUCGCAUCUUCAAUUCGGAUAUUCUAUAUCUGGGGUACAAUUCAAAGAAAACUUGCCCACUACAAGCAACAACCUUGGCAGGGCGGUUUUGAUCAUGAGGUGGAGCAUAUAAAGCAAAGGUUGAAGCACUGGGAGUUGUGGCUUCCCGAGAACCAUACCUGGAGCAUGCUCAUGCUGCCGGAGCAUCGAACAAACGGGCACGAUCUGGCGUAUCUUAAAGUUACAAUGAUGCUCCGGCUUUGCAACAUCGCGUUACGACAACCAUGGGUUGAAGAAAUCAUCCACUAUGAUCCCGCGAAAGCUCAGCAGGAACCCUAUAUUAUGACGUCUCGCGAGCUUUAUAAAGAAGUCUAUAUGCUCUUUCUACAGAUUAACAUCCUAUUCUUUAGCAAGUUGACGAGCGAGUGUGGCGAGGACCAGAUAUUUGCUCUCUGUGUUUAUACUUGCGGGCUACUGUCCGCAUAUCUCUGCAAAUACCCUUUAAUUUGCCAAGAUCGUUCUAUUAUUGCCCAAGGCCCCAGGAUGCUUACCACGAUCUUAUCCAUUUUCGAGGAGAGAAUAGACAGAUGGCCACAGGCUGCUCGUUGGAAGGAUGAGCUCAGUAGUAUUUUGUACUAUCCAGCCAGUUCCGAUGAGAAAAAAGCACAGGCACAGGUUUUUACAGUUAGCCAACUCGAUAGACCAACGACAUCAGGCAUCGAGACGGCACAUCUACCGCCAGCGGCUACAACUCAAUCUUCCACUUCGAUUCAAGUGAUAACAUCGCCAAAAAGCCAUUCAAGCCAUCUUGUCUCAGUUUCUUGCAGGGAUGACCUAGCGCAUCUGUACCAAGGCUGUCCCUAUCCUCAGGCUAACAGCCUUCCCCAAUCUCGCACCCUUAGCCAGGGCCCACGAUAUACAAUGAAUAGCCAAGAAUACGACACUGUCAACCAGAUGACCGCAUCUGACCAUAGCUACACCGACGCCCAGAUUUCGAUCCUCUGA